GUGUGUGUGUGUGUGGAGAGAUCCCGGGGUCGGGCUGCUGGACGGUCCAGACGGGCUCAGGCUUCUGCCGCGACCCUCACGCCUUCCGAGUGAGUCUCGCGGGAGGCGGUAUCCCGCGGCGGCCUGUGUGAGGGAGGUGAAGGAGGGUGAGGCCUCGGGGCCACCGCCACCGCCUCGCCUCCGAGGUAGAGUUCUCUGCUACCAAUGAUGUUUAGAGAAACUUCAGUGAAAUGACUCUUCAGGAAUUGGUGCAUCAGGCUGCCUCCAUUUAUUCAGAUAAAAUAGCUGUAUGUUUUGAUGAGUGUAACAACCAGCCUCCAGUUUAUUACACCUAUAAGACUGUGGUGAAUGCUGCUUCAGAAUUAUCAAAUUUUCUACUCCUACACUGUGACUUUCAAGAAAUUCAGGAAGUUGGUCUCUACUGCCAUCCCGGAAUAAACUUACCCUCUUGGAUUUUAGGAAUUCUCCAAGUCCCUGCUGCUUAUGCUCCUAUUGAUCCAGAUUCACCACCAGCAUUAUCAACUCAUUUCAUGAAAAAAUGUAAUCUAAGUUAUAUUCUUGUUGAAAAACAGCAAAUUAAUAAAUUCAAAUCUUCCUAUGAAACAUUAUUGAAUUAUGAUACACCUAAGGAAUAUAAUGACCUAGUACUCUUCAGACUUCACUGGAAAAAUGCUGAAGCGAGCUUGAUGCUAAAUGACAGAAAACAGAAUUAUGAAAAAGAGAAAAUGGCAAACAGCACAAAUUCUGAGAACAGCAAUGCAGAAAAGACAGAAGAGCGUAUGGAUGUGAGGCAAAAGAAUUGCUUGGCAUAUGUUCUCCAUACAUCAGGCACUACAGGGAUCCCUAAGAUUGUCAGAGUCCCUCAUGCAUGUAUAGUGCCAAACAUCCAACAUUUUCGGGUACUUUUCGAGAUCACACAGGAAGAUGUUUUGUUUCUGGCUUCACCUCUGACCUUUGAUCCUUCCGUUGUGGAAAUAUUUGUUGCUCUAUCAAGUGGUGCCUGUCUGCUAAUUGUACCAACAUCUGUCAAAAUGCUUCCAUCAAAAUUAGCUGCUGUUCUCUUUUCCCAUCACAGAGUAACUAUUUUGCAGGCAACACCAACAUUGCUUAGAAGAUUUGGAUCUCAGCUUAUCAAGUCAACCGUUUUAUCAGCCAGUACUUCUCUUCGAGUAUUAGCCCUUGGUGGUGAAGCAUUUCCAUCAUUGACUGUUCUCAAAAGCUGGAGAGGAGUAGACAAUAAAACACAAAUAUUUAAUGUAUAUGGUAUCACAGAGGUAUCAAGUUGGGCAACUUUUCACAGGAUUCCAGAGAAGUUUCUUAAUUCUACUUUGAAAUGUGAAUUGCCUGUACCCCUGGGAUUUCCACUGCUUGGAACAGUAGUUGAAGUCAGAGAUACUGAUGGAUUCACAAUUCAAGAAGGCCAUGGCCAAGUAUUUUUAGGUGGCAGAAAUAGAGUAUGUUUUCUUGAUGAUGAAAUGACAGUACCACUUGGCACAAUGCGAGCCACAGGAGACUUGGUGAUGGUGAAAGAUGGAGAGAUGUUUUUCUUGGGACGAAAGGACAGUCAAAUAAAACGACAUGGCAAACGUCUUAACAUUGAACUUGUGCAACAGGUUGCUGAAGGACUUCAGCAAGUGGAGUCUUGUGCAGUUACAUGGUAUAAUCAGGAAAAAUUAAUUCUGUUCAUGGUGUCCAAAAAUGACUUAGUAAAGGAAUACAUCUUUAAAGAACUGCAGAAACAUCUUCCAAGUCAUGCAAUCCCAGAUGAACUGGUGUUGAUUGAUUCUCUACCAUUUACAUCUCAUGGCAAAAUUGAUGUUUCAGAGUUAAACAAGAUAUAUUUAAACUUGAAGCCUGAGUGCAAACUCAAUGGAAAAGAGGAACUUUGGGAAAAAUUACAGUAUUUGUGGAAGUCUAUUCUGAAUCUCUCCGAAGAUCCUUUGAAGGUUUCUGACGAGUCACUCUUCUUAAAUAGUGGUGGAGAUUCCUUAAAGUCCAUACGGCUCCUCAAUGAGAUUGAAAAACUAGUUGGCACAUCAGUACCUGGGCUUCUGGAAAUUAUUCUUAGCAGUUCCAUUUUAGAGAUUUACAAUCAUGUCCUUCAAACAGUGUUUCCAGAUGAAGAUCUGGUAUUUAGCAAGAAUUAUGCCACAAAAAGAAAAUUCAGCGACAUUUAUCAAGAAGAAACCAGUGGAAAAUCUUUACAUCAGAAAUCUGUCAUGACUUUAAACUAUGACAAUGAGCUAACUGCUUUUACUACAGUGAGCAGAGGGAGUCAGAUUUUGUCACUGAACAGUAAGUUUUUAACUAAGUUAGGACUUUGCUCUUCAGCCCAAUCUUCUGAUUUAAUUUCACAGACUAAUAUUCAAAAUGUGAAAAGCUUAAAUCCUCCAGCUCUUAUUGGGAAGUCAAAAGAUCCAUCCUGUACUGCAAAAGUUUCUGAAGAGGGAACAUAUGGGACAGCAGCCAAGAAAAUGGAGCUACAUGUGAGGUGGAGGUCAGACACAGGCAAAUGUGUGGAUGCUUCACCUCUAGUUGUAAUCCCAGCUGUUGAUGAGUCGUCUGCAACUGUGUACAUUGGCUCCCAUUCUCAUAGAAUGAUGGCACUUGACCUUUACUCUGGGAAGGUGAAAUGGGAACAGAUUUUGGAAGAUCGAAUUGAAUCUUCAGCGUGUAUAUCUAAGUGUGGAAACUUUAUUGUAGUGGGCUGUUAUAAUGGAUUAGUUUAUGUUCUGAAAAGUAAUAGUGGAGAAAAAUACUGGAUGUUUAGUACUGAGGAUGCUGUCAAAAGCUCAGCAACCAUGGAUCCAACCACAGGACUCCUUUACAUUGGAUCUCAUGACCAGCAUUCAUAUGCUUUGGAUAUUUAUAAAAAGAAGUGUGUUUGGAAGUCACAAUGUGGAGGAACUGUCUUUUCUUCCCCUUGUUUGAGCCUGAUUCCACAUCAUUUAUAUGUGGCUACACUGGGAGGACUGUUACUGGCUAUAAAUCCUGCCACUGGGAACAGAGUUUGGAAACAUUCCUGUGGAAAACCCCUCUUUUCUUCUCCACGGUGUUGCCUACAGUAUGUUUGUAUUGGCUGCGUGGAUGGGAACCUACUCUGCUUUACCCACUCUGGAGAACAGGUUUGGCAGUUCUCUACCAGCGAACCAAUCUUUUCAUCCCCAUGUACCUCAGCAUCAGAGCAAGAAAUAUUUUUUGGUUCCCAUGAUUGCUUUAUCUACUGUUGUAAUAUGAAAGGUCACCUCCAGUGGAAAUUUGAAACUACUUCACAGGUGUAUGCAACACCAUUUGCUUUCCAUUACCAAGAAGGUGGUGAUGAAAUGUUGCUGGCAGCAGCAUCUACUGAUGGGAAACUGUGGAUCUUGGAAUCUAAGAGUGGACGAUUGCAAAGUGUGUAUGAACUUCCUGGGGAAGUUUUCUCUUCUCCUGUGGUCUGGGAAUCAAUGCUUAUUAUUGGAUGUAGAAAUAAUUAUGUUUAUUGUCUGGAUUUAUUGGGUGGCUAUCAAAUAUAAUCAAGUUCAGUCCUUAUUAGGUUAUCUGAGAUGUCUGAAAAUAUCAUUAUAGAGCAUUUGGAUAGUCUUUUUUAUACGAAAGAUUAUAUUUUGCCUAAGAAACUUGUUUAUUACACUUUAUUGGAGAAUGAUCAUAUUUUACUUUCUGUAGGAGCAACAAAUGCUUUUUUUUUUAACAAAUGCUUUUAAGAGGAAUUAUAGAACAAAAACAUCAAUUUAUUUAGUUGUACUUUCUUUUAAUUAGGCUACAGAUAUUCUACUUUGAGUUUUUUUCUUUUUUUAAUAGACUUCUGUGAAAAAGAUAUCAGAAUACACUUGGGGGUUAAAAACUUAGUUUAUGAUGUUAUGUACCAUUUCUUUAUUUUUUUAAAGAUUUUAUUUAUUUAUUCAUGAGAGAGACAGAAAGAGACAGAGACACAGGCAGAGGGAGAAGCAGGCUCCAUUCAGGGAACCUGAUGGUGGGACUCGAUCUUGGGACUCCAGGACCAUGCCCUGAGCUGAAGGCAGAUGUGCUUAACCACUGAGCCACCCAGGUGUCCCAUCAUUUACUUCUUUACAGUGAGAUUCAUAACAAAGGGUUUUCAAAGGAUCUUUUUAUCAAAUUAGGUUUCUUAUUUAGUAUUUUUAAAUGAACAAAACACCAAUAUUGAAUUCUAUCUAUAUAUAUCGCUUCUAUAGUAGAGUUUGAAGUUGAUUUACCCUCUUUUUUUCAAUUUUUGAUUUAUAAACCUUGAUGAAUAUUUUUUAUCUAUAUUUCUCAAUUUACUGGACUUCGUGGUUGUAUGUCUUUUGUUCAUUGGCUUGGUGGUAGGAAACAACAGAAACCAGGAAGGAAAAAAAAGUCUAUAUACUUGGAAGUAUCCUAUUUCUCAGAAUGUGUAUAUAUGGUUUUGGGCUAGAGCUGCUCCUCCAGUCCCAUAGCACUUUGCAUCAACCUGCAUUUGCCUGGCAUGAAGUUGCCCCCAGUGAACUACCAUCUCCCCCCGGUAGUCAUGCCCUUUAUGCAUUCUCCUCCUCUGGUACCUGAGCUUAGUCCAUGAUUUACCUUAACCAGUAGAAUGUAGUGGAGGUGACAUGAAUGUUGCUUCUGAGCCCCAGGCUUUAGGAAGGCCUGGCAGCGUCUGCUUUCAUGCGAUCCCAGACAUAGAGUCUGGCGGCCAGAUGGAGAGGCCAUGUGGUAAGGGAGUGGCCCUGACACUACACUAAAAAAACUGAGGAGGCCAGAUAACAGGGACAGGUGAAACCCAGACAUUUGGCUCCCAGUAUUCCAGCCCACCCCAGCUGUUCAGGCUAUCCUGGUACCAUUUAAUUUCUCACCCACAGAGUCCUAAGAAAUAAUAAAAAUGGCAGUCAUUUUAAGCCACUAAAUUUUAGGGUAGUAUGUUAAGGAAGUAAGUUUUAGGUAGUAGUAGUAGAGAUCAUGACCUGAGCCGAAGGUAGAUGCUUGACCAACUGAACCACCCAGGCACCCCAAAGCUUUAGCCACUAGUAGUACUAAUAACUACUAUUUAGGGCAUAUUACACCCCAGACACUCAUGCUAAAGCACAAGUAACAAAAAUGUAUCCUAAUGCUUACCUGCCCUUUAUCUCUACAGUCAACUGUGGUAUCAAUUUCAUUUGUUCAUUUAUGCCUCAAAUAAAGUCCCAAAUAUCAAA